AUGUCUGAUAAAGAGGUAAAAAGUCCAAUCAAGGAGACUGAAAAAAUUGAAGUUGUAAAACUAGUGACGAAGGAUGAAAAGAUAUCAUCACCACUAAAGAGGACAAGAUCUACCGAUGAAAAUGAUACAGGUAGUAAAAAAGUGAAAUUAGAUAAUGAAACAAAGGAAGAACCUGAAAAAAUAUCAAAGGAUGAAAAACCAAAAUUUGUAUUUGGUUCCACAACUAAAUUUGGUUCAGGAUUUACUGUAGCUUCUGAAAAGAAGAAUGACACUAAAAAUAACGAUAAUAAUAAAAGUGAUAGCAGUAGCGGUAGUAGUACUACUAGUAGUAAAAAUACUGAAACUCCAAAACCAAUGGCAUUUGGAUCUGGUUUUUCCUUUGGGAGUGGGUUUGGUGUCCUAAAGAAUGAGAAUGAAUCGGAAACCAAGAACAUUGAAAAAGAUAAUACAGAAGAAAGUGGUUCUAAAGAUUCAGAAGAAAAAUUAUCGACAGAUACAAAGAAUAAUGAAGUUGUUACAGAGAAUGAUGAAAAGAUUCAAUUGCAUAAACAGGAAGUCAAAUCAGGUGAAGAAUUAGAAGAGACUUUAUUUCAAGCAAAUGCAAAACUAUAUCAAUUAGUAGAUAUGAAAAUUGGUUGGAAAGAAAGAGGUACAGGUGUAAUUAAAGUAAACAAGGAUUCUAAGAAUGAUAAAUGUCGUAUUAUAAUGAGAACAAGAACAAUACUCAAAGUUAUACUGAAUUUACCUCUGGUGAAAGGUGUGACCUUAAUGAAAGGUUUCCCAGGAUCUUUACAAAGUGAAAAAUUUAUUAGAAUAAUCGGUAUUGAUGAAAAUAAUAAACCUCUGACAUAUGCUCUAAAGACAGGUAAAGAAGAAACCACAGAAGAUCUAUAUAAAAUUAUUAAUGACUCCAUACCUAAAUAA